CUCACAGAAAACGUACGCAUAACCUGCAGCAAGACAAAGUAAUACAAAUUUAUAAGGCGCCCACCUCCUGGUGCAGGCAACGAUGGCAGCCGCAAACGGCUGCGGGCUCAGCGCGGCAUUCAAAUUGAAGGGUCAUAAAGCAGCAGUCUUGAGCUGUGCCUCUCUAGGAGGUUCGCUCCUUGCGUCAGGCGAUGAGGAUGGCCGACUGCUCAUCCACGACCUGAGGAGGGCCGCCACCUCAAAUGCUGCGGCAGGCACUGGCGCAUGCAGCUCCGCUGGCGGCGGGGCGGCAGCACCCUCAGCCAACAGGCAGGGCGCCGCUCCCUCGGCACCUGCACGAACAUCAACAUCGACAGCCGCGGCAGCGGACGGCAGCAAGCCUCUGCUCGCGCUCACGCUCAAAGGCGCGGAUGGGCAGCCGGCGCCAGUGACCGCAAUCGCAGUCUUGCCCUCUUCCGCAGCCUCCUCGACAGCAGUAGACGGCGGCGGCGACGGCGCCAGCGGUCUGUUCGCAGCCGCCGGCUCGCUGGUCUAUCAGUUGGAUUUACGAGCGCCAGGUUCUGUCGUACAUACGUACGACGGCGCGCGGGAGGAGGUCAACGGGCUGGCGGUCAACUGCCGUGGCGCCUACCUCGCGGCGGGCGACGACGGCGGGGAGGUGCAGGUGUACGACCUGGUGGCAGGCAGGCAGUACAAGGGCAUCCGCAACGUGCACCGCAGCCUAUGCUCGUCCGUGGCCUUCCGCCCGCACAAACCCUGGGACCUGCUCUCCAGCGGGCUGGACUCCACCAUUGCCAAGUACGACUUCUCAAGACCCAAAUGCAUUGACCGAUGGGACAUGGCGGCGCUGGCGGCACAGCCGGGCGCAGCCGGCGGCGGCGGCGGCCAGAUCUUCAACCCGCCGUUCGUACACCAGGUAGCUGUGCCGACAGGGGAGUCGCGGCCGGGAUGCGGCUGGCUGGCGGCGGCGCGCGGCGACGGCGCCGUCGUGGUGCUGGAUGCUGACGUCAGCAGCGCUGCCAGUGGGUCGUCCGGGCCGACUUCGGUGCUGGCAGCAGCGGCGGCUGGCGGGCGAAAAGGCGGCGGCGGAGGAGGUGGAGGCACGGUCAAGGGCAAGGGCAAGGGUGGGAGUGGAGGAGGCGGUGUGAUGCUGCCGCUGGUAUUGGACCGGGACGUAGGGGGGCACACGUUACCGGUGUGCAGUGUGGCUUGGUCGCCGGGGGCGGCGGCGGCGGCAGCCGCAGCAGGGUCCACGGAAGCAGUCGCCUCCUCCACAUGCCGGCUGUACUCGGGUGGAGAGGACUGCCGAGUGGUGGUGUGGGACGUGCGGGCGGCGCUGGGGGCGCGGGCGGCCGGGCGGCCGCUGCUGCCGCCGCCCUGGCAGCCGCGGCCGCCCGCGCCGGCGGCAGAAGAUGAGGGCGAGGGCGGCGCUGCAGCGGGUGGUGGGGGAGUGGAGGGGGAAGCGAGCGGCACGGACGGGGCCGGGGAAGGGACGGGUCAGGAGGAGGGCGCGGUUGCGGUGCUGGCGGAGGUGUGUCACGGGCGGAAGGUGAACCAGCUGUGCACGCUGGGGCUUGACGGCAAGGAGUUUGUCGCGGUCGCUGCGAUCAGCAAGUUCUUGGUGUUGUAUGAGCUGCGAGAUGGUGGCGCAUAGCGAGGCAGGCUGGAGGCAACGAGUAGCGGGUCCGCUGGGGUGGCGAGGGAUGGACAAAGGCACGCUGGACAGGCCACGCUGCUCCAAGCCUUAGAGCGAGUAACGAU